AUGACAGUCAAUGAUGAGCAGCUCGUCUACGUCGUCACCGGCGCAUCUCGUGGCAUCGGCUUGGAGUAUGUCUCCCAGCUUCUUCAACGAGGUCAGCGGGUGGCGGCCGCAGUGCGCACCCCAGAAAAGGCCCCAGGCCUGGCGAAAUUGGCAGCAGCACAUGGCGAUGCGCUGACUCUUGUCACCCUGGACGUCUCAGACUCAGCCUCCAUAAAGGCUGCAGCUGCGUCCAUUGCCAGAGCACACCCGAGUGGAAUUGAUGUCCUCAUCAACAACGCUGGCAUCUUCGGCACCCCUUGUCAGUCCUCAGAGCAGGACGAAGAGGAGUUCAAGGACAUUCUGAUGAUCAACACCGUGGCUCCCUUCCAGGUCAUCAAAGCACUCCUGCCCCUCAUCAAGAAGGGCAACAAGAAGCAGAUCGUGAGCAUAUCUUCAACCAUGGGCUCCAUCGGCAUCCAAGCAGAGUCUAUCCAUGGGGGCGCUGAGCCCGGCUCAAUGGCCAGGAAGGCAGUGGCCUACCGGGCCAGCAAAGCAGCCCUCAAUGCAGUGACUGUCUCCCUGGCAGUGGAUUUGGAGGCAGAGGGAGUGACAGUGGUUUCCAUGUGCCCUGGAUGGGUGGCCACAGACAUGGGAACAACCGCGAGUGUCUCAGUGGGCAUUGAGCGGCCUCCCCUGGACACCCCCACCAGUGUGGCAGCCCAGCUGAAGGUCAUUGAUGGGCUCAAACUGGAGAAGACUGGCACCUUCUUCAGCCACGAGGGCAAGGUGUUGCCGUACUGA